AUGAGCGACGCGCAAGAUGAGGUGUUUGAAGGUACCAUUUUGAAAGUGCCGUUGACGAUUGAAGAUGAAGAUACGUCUGAAGUGAUCAAAACCGCUGCGAUAUGGCUUCAUGUUACUAAAGCCGACUACGAGCCCAGUGCCGACCCCGCGUUCACCAAUAUAUCGAUUGUAGCCAUCUUCAUCGAUGGGCUCUAUCAUGCUACCAUUACCAAAAGGAAUGUGGGAGCUGUGUUCAAAAAAGAUGGGCUAGUUGACGACGCUUUCGACUUGUUUACCGACUUGUUUCCCUUUGAUUUUGAAGACUUGUUGGAAAGCAAGGAGAAAGUUGGAGUGCACCAGGAUUUGCUCGUCAGUGCCAAGCUCUUGGGCAGGAGGCAGGACUAUGAUGAAAACGGCGAGUUGAAUGCCGAAAGUGCGUCGCGUGGGAGUAAUCUCAGCAUUUUGAUCAAGAGCAACUCCAAAUUUAAGCCCACUGUGGGCCAGUUUCAAAUGCAGGAGCUUGUGGAUCGCCGCAGUUUCCAAGACGAGACAGACACGUUCAAUUGGCUUGACUUGUAUAACCGUCAGAACAAAGAGUUGGUUGACAGGUUGGUCCAGUGCAAAUUGGAGAAUAGCAGGCUAGAAGACGACAACAGGUUGCUACAAAAGAGUCUCCAAGCCGCCAAACGGGAUUUUGACAAUCUUGCAACUGACUUGGAAUCCAAGUUUUAUCUAGCUCUUAAUGCCAAAAAGGACGUUAUCUACCAGUUAACAUACGAGUCUCGGCCGCAGAAUGAGUUGAUCGGAUUAAACAGGGGAUUUGUUGAGAAAUAUAGCAAACUUCGAAAUAUCGACUACCAUGCAUUGCCCUCUGAAGAUGAAGAGGACACUAAGAAAAAAAGGGGGAAAUAUAAACCAACGGAAAACGUGACUCCAAAGCGACGGAAAACAGCGGCGUCAAGUAGGAAGGGGAGGGGGAAGAGAAGGAAAAAGAAACUGGAUGAGGAAAGCAGCAUUCAUCAGACUGACGAAAGUACCGACGUGGAUGAAAAAGACCACGAAUCUGAAGAAGAGAAAACCUUUCCACAUACCAAGAUUAAGAAGGAACCCUUGAGUAUAAGAAGAAGAGCAAGUGAGGAUGACUUGGAGCCACCAGAAACUGUAGACGACAAAAGGUUAGUUCAAAUAAAAGUGAAGCAAGAGCCCGGAGUGAGCCAAGAGAGAGAGAACACGGAUUCUUUCACGAUGGCCGAGUUUCCUGCCAUGAAAGUAAACGAUGGCGCAGCGUCCUCGUCACAGCAUUUUCGCUCGAAUAUAUAUAAUGGCAGGUCGGACAGGGAGCUUGUGCGUGAAGCUCUUGGCUCCUCGUCUGAUGAAGAAGCUGAUGCCAACGACGACAUUGAGGACGAUUCCAAUAGCGACUUGGGGAACGAUCCACGAAAAGACAGCAAGCAAAGCCACUUGCGGAGUAAUUGGCAAGGCCCCUUGUUGAAUUCAAGAUUGCAAACCGCUGACAAAGGGCAAGGGCAAGGGCAAGGAAAAGGAUCGGGAUCGGGAUCGCAAACUCCAGGUAGUGAAGAAUACCCGGGGAGCGAGGAGAGCGAGAUGAAUACCUCGGCAAGACCGCAAUCUCCAGAAGUAGAAGAAACUGGGUACGGCUCCGGCUCUAAUAAUGAUCGGAGUCAAGCUGACGUCGAAACUGACUACGGAAGUUCCGAAGAUGGUUAA